GCCCGCGGGCGCAGUGCUCAGCGCUCAGCGCCGCUCCGCCGCGGUCCUGCGCAUCCGCUUCCGCCGCCCCCUCACGCCCCCGCGUCCCUGGUGUCUCGCAGCUGGAGGCAGCGCGGACUCGCCGCAUCUCGCACGACGUAACAGAAAACAAUUCCAACAUGUCAUCAGUCAAGCGCUUGGUUUAUGCAGUCAUCCAUUUCUUGAGAGAACAGAGUCAGAUGGAUACUUUCACUCCAGAUGAACAAGAAAGCUUGGAAGUUGCAAUUCAGUGUCUGGAGACUGUGUUUAAGAUUUCCCUGGAAGAUACUCAUCUUGCAUCCUCACAGCAUUUGAUAGAAAUGUUCACAAAUUCUAUUCAAAAGAGUGACAUGCUGCCUCUCUCACGUUCUUUACCAGAAGGUGUUGUAAAGGCUGACCAACUGAAGGAUGAAGGUAAUAAUCAUAUGAAGGAAGAAAAUUAUGGUGCUGCAGUGGAUUGUUACACUAGGGCUAUAGAACUGGAUCCAAACAAUGCAGUGUAUUACUGCAACAGGGCUGCUGCUCAAAGUAAGCUCAACAACUUCAGGGAAGCAAUAAAGGACUGUGAGAGUGCCAUAGCAAUAGAUCCGAAGUACAGCAAAGCAUAUGGAAGAAUGGGGUUGGCUCUGACCUCCGUGAAUAAAUAUGAAGAAGCAGUUACCAGUUAUCAAAAAGCACUGGAUCUUGAUCCAGAGAAUGACUCUUACAAGUCAAAUUUGAAAAUAGCAGAACAGAAACUAAGAGAUGUGUCCAGUCCUACUGGAACUGGACUGAGUUUUGACAUGGCAAGUUUGAUAAACAAUCCUGCCUUCAUUAGCAUGGCAGCAAGCUUAAUGCAAAAUCCUCAAAUUCAACAACUGAUGUCAGGGAUGAUGUCAAAUGCCAUUGGUGGCCCUGCUGCUGGGGUUGGCGGCCUUUCGGAUUUGUCCAGCCUGAUCCAUGCGGGGCAGCAGUUUGCACAGCAGAUACAGCAGCAGAAUCCUGAGCUCAUAGAGCAACUGAGAAAUCAUAUCCGGAGCCGGUAUUUGAGUGGCAGUACUGAAGAACAUUCCUGACUUCAACAAGUCACAUGAAUUGGAAUGAUGUAUAACCCCAAAAUGCAUACCAUAGUUAGUAGCAAAAGCACCAUUGUAACUCUUCUGCUUGAAUAGAAGACAGAAAAUUCUUUGUGUGUGUUUGCAAACAAGAAUAAAUCUGGUAAACAGAUCUCUUGCACAUAACUUGG